AUGCGGCCGCCGGCCCGCCGCGGCGCGCUCCUGGCGCGGCUUUGGCUCCUCACCUGCUCGCUGGCUUUUGCAUUGGCUUCUAAAGAUGUAAAGGAGGUCACACCAUCUAAGAAUUCGGAGAAAAGUGGUAUAUCAAGAAAAAAUGACAUAGAUUUGAAAGGAAUUGUGUUUGUCAUCCAAAGUCAAAGUAAUUCUUUUCAUGUAAAAAGAGCAGAAGAGUUAAGAAAAAGCAUCUUACAGCAAGCUGCAGAUCUUACCCAGGAGCUCCCCAGAGUCCUUCUGCUUCAUGAACUGUCUAAGCAGGAAGGUGCAUGGACCAUCCUUCCACUGUUACCGCACUUUUCUGCAACAUAUAGCAGAUAUUCCUCGUGGAUUUUCUUCUGUGAAGAAGAGACAAGAAUAAAAGUUCCAGAACUCUUAGAAACACUCAGAAGAUAUGACACCUCAAAGGACUGGUUUUUAGGAAAAGCAUUACAUGAUGAAGAAUCUACAAUAAUUCACCAUUAUGCCUUUUCUGAAGAUCCUACAAUUUUUAAAUACCCAGACUUUGCUGCUGGCUGGGCCCUUAGUAUUCCACUUUUAAACAAGCUUACGAAGAGGUUAAAGAGUGAGGCCCUGAGGUCCGACUUUACAAUAGAUUUGAAACAUGAGAUUGCCCUCUACAUCUGGGACAACGGUAAAGGAUCUCCCCUUACUCCAGUGCCUGAGUUGUGUACAGAUGGUGUGGAUGCCCACUGUGCUACCACAUUCCACUCUUCCCUCCCCCUGUGUGGAAAUCCAGUGAAGAAGGAGGAUAUUUUUGUUGCAGUAAAAACGUGCAAGAAAUUUCAUGAUGAUAGAAUCCCCAUUGUAAAGCAGACAUGGGCGGGUCAGGCCAGUCUCAUUGAAUUUUACAGUGACUAUGCAGAAAGUUCCAUUCCUACAGUGGAUCUGGGAAUUCCUAAUACAGACAGAGGUCACUGUGGAAAGACAUUUGCUAUUUUGGAAAGAUUUUUGAAUCACAGUCAAGAGAAAAUAGCAUGGUUAGUCAUUGUGGAUGAUGAUACAUUAAUAAGCAUCUCCAGGCUCCAGCACUUGCUAAGCUGCUACGAGUCCGGUGAACCAGUGUUCCUGGGAGAGCGCUAUGGCUAUGGUCUGGGCACUGGCGGCUACAGCUACAUCACAGGAGGAGGAGGAAUGGUCUUCAGCAGAGAAGCCAUCAGGAGACUUCUUGCCAGUAAGUGUCGUUGCUACAGCAAUGAUGCUCCUGAUGACAUGGUCCUGGGGAUGUGUUUCAGCAGUCUGGGAAUCCCUGUGACACACAGCCCUCUCUUCCACCAGGCCCGGCCCGUGGAUUACCCUGAGGACUACCUUUCUCACCAGGUUCCCAUAUCCUUCCAUAAACACUGGAACAGUGACCCAUUGAAGGUUUAUGUCACAUGGUUGGCACCCAGCAAGGAAGACAAAGCCAGCCCAGAGAUACGAAAAGGCUUUAAAGAUGAGUUAUAA